CCGGUCCAUGACACCCCUAUUUAAUCUAGUCCCUUACACGACGGCUCCUGACCCCGCCUGAGUCAACGUUGGGAGAGAGCGAGCGAAAGAUGAAGCUUAAGGUGUACGCCGAUCGGCUGUCGCAGCCAUCGCGUGCGAUCGUGAUUUUCUGCAAGCUAAAUGGAAUAGAUUUUGAGGAAGUGCCGAUAGAUCUUACCAAGCGCCAGCACCGGUCCCCCGAAUUCAAGGAAAUAAAUCCAAUGGGUCAAGUUCCCGCUAUUGUUGAUGGAAGAUUUAAGCUGUUUGAGAGUCAUGCCAUUUUGCGCUAUCUUGCUUGUGCAUUCCCAGGAGUUUCAGACCACUGGUACCCCGCUGAUUUGUUCAACAGAGCCAAAAUUGACUCUGUCUUGGAUUGGCAUCAUUUAAACCUCCGCCGUGGUGCAGCAUUCUAUGCUCUAAACAGUGUAAUAGCACCUGUAUUUGGUCUUCCAUUAAACUCUCAAGCAGCCAAUGAAGCUGAGAAAGUUCUUAGAUCAUCUCUUUCAAAGAUAGAGUCUAUAUGGCUUAAAGGGAAUGCAAAGUUCUUAUUGGGCAAUUCUCAGCCAACUAUUGCAGAUCUCAGCCUUGUCUGUGAGAUUAUGCAAUUGGAGGUUUUGUAUGAGAAAGACCGCCUGAGAAUAUUGGGGCCUCACGAGAAGAUUCUACAAUGGAUUGACAAUGUAAAAUGUGCUACUAAUCCUCAUUUUGAUGAAGUCCAUGCGUUUCUCUUCCAAAUUAAGCCAAGGUUACAUUGCCAGCUGGCUUCCAUAUCUAGGCAUAAUAUGGAGCAGAGCAUGAAAGCCAAGUUGUCAUCAAAGCUUUGACAAGGUCAUAGCUGCCGCUGAGUUUUAAUGGGACAAUAUACUAAGAAAAUAAUUCAAUACCCAGCAAAGAUACUUAUUUAGUCUUUGUAAGCUAUCAUUAAAAUGUAAUGCUGAUGAUAUGGUGUUUGCUACGAAAUAUUGGCAGUCUUGCUAGUAGUCUUGAUCAGCAGGUUAUAAAUAUGUAUGUGAUGUUUUCAAUAAAUGGCUUGGUGGCAAUAUAUACAUGAUGCAGCAUUCUAGUUUAUUGUUUUA